AUGUACAGACGUAUAGUGAGUGAGUGUAUCAAACUGGCCCAAUCGCCAUACAAGAGGGGACAUGAUAAUGUAACUAAGAUUGUUCACUGGAGGUUGUGUGAGAAGUAUGGUCUUGAAAGAACACAGAAAUGGUACGAGCAUAAAUCAGAAGGCAUCAACGCGAAUAACAAGUAUAAGGUCUUGUGGGAUUUUACAACCGAACUGGAUUUACUAAAUGAUUCUCGGAAACCAAACAUUUUUGCAGUGGAUGAUUGUAAGAAGGAAGCCAAGAUAAUAAAUAUUACUAUACAUGGGGACGCCCGUGUUGGGGACCAAGAGCUGGAAAAGAUUGAAAAGUAUAAGCUACAAAAUGACGAAAUUACACGAAUGUGGGUAAUGAAGAAAGAAACUGUAAACCCAAUAGUUGUUGGGGCACCGGGUUCACUAACAAACAGGUUUGAGAAAAUAUAA